AUGUGGCGUGGAUCAAUCCUCACACGAGCCAGCCGUGAGCGGGACUACGAUCGCCCCUUGCCUGGCCAUUUGUCAUUCACAGCCUUCCCUGUGCUGCGUUUGAAUUGUGGAGCUCAAAAACAUUCGAAAGACACCGAGACCGAAUCUGCGUCCUCCCAUCGUCACAUGCUACAACUAAUGUGCCGCAGUGCGAACACGAAGAAGCUCCGGAGCUUCCAGCGGUCUUCGAUACAGAGACAUCAGGCUUCAGCAACGACGAUGAGAUCUUGGAGAUUGGUGCCAUUGAGCUGGAGGUGCAACCACCAGGUCUCCAAAGUCCACAGCCCAAGAUAUUGUCCUCAGUCCAAUUAUUCAACUUUGAGCUCUACCGGAGUGUCAUUCCACAGUCUUUUGAGACCAACACGGAAAAUCAACUCCAAAGCUUCUGAAGUCAAUGGCCUUUGUGAAGAUCUGCUCGCUGCUGCAGCGCCACGAAAAACGGCUUUGCAGAACUUCCUGCGAUUUGUUUCAGGCUUCAAGGCUGCAAGCGAGGAGCCGCUGCUGGAGCAAACGGCUUUGAUCGCGCACAAUGCAGCUUUCGACAUGAGGAUGCUCUCCAACGACUUGCAGCGCUGCGGGCUCCAUCACUGUGGCAGUAGGUUGCGACAGCACUUAUUCUGCAGUGCAGAAGCGUUUGGUGCGCUGAGGCCCUCAAGCCCAAGAGAUCUGACGACAGCGUGCUACUUGCUCGGCAUAGUGGACGGCGGCCCAGGCAGCGCAUGGAGAGCUGUGCACUCAGCACUGGCUGAUGCAGUCCUGACAGCGAAGGUGGUCAUGGCGAUAAAUGCCAUCCUGCAGGAAGCCCCUCCAUCAGAGUGCACAGCUCUGCCACCGCUUCCAUGCCGACUGCAGCGAGUGUCGGAGGCUGUGGAGACCAAGACGGACAUCCACAGCCGCAAGCGGCGCUUGCCGAUGACAUUCUCGGCUGAAUGA